CACCAAGUCUCACUCCUGGGGAGAAUCAGAGAGUAAAGGCAUCAGAUUCUGAACACAUAUUUGAAAAAUAUGGCUACCUCAAAUCAGAAUGUGGAGUUUGUGAGAACAGGUUAUGGAAAGAAUCUAGUGAAGGUUAUGUAUAUACGGCGGGAGGGGACACACCACUACAUAAUCGAGAUGAAAGCAAACGUCCAGCUGACACUGAACUCUUGCAAGGACUAUUUGAACGGAGACAACUCGGACAUAAUUCCUACUGACACCAUCAAGAACACUGUCCAUGCUUUGGCAAAGCUAAAAGGGGUAAAAACCAUCGAGGGGCUUGCCUUGGACAUCUGCCACCAUUUCCUGACAGCGUUUAAGCACGUCACACGAGCAAAGGUCGACAUUGAGGAAGUCCCCUGGAAAAGACUGGAAAAGAACGGAGUUGAGCAUGCCCAUGCCUUCAUCUUCUCUCCAGAAUCUUGGCGCUUCUGUGAGGUAGAACAGUAUCUAAAUGAGCCCCCAGUGAUUCACAGUGGAAUCAGAGACAUGAAGGUCCUGAAGACCACGCAGUCAGGUUUCGAGGGCUUCCUGAGAGAUCGCUUCACCACUCUGCAGGAAGCCAGGGACAGGUUCUUCUGUACCUCAGUCUAUGCUAGGUGGCGCUACAACAAGCACCAGGGCAUAGCUUUUGACACUGCAUGGAAAACUGUGAAAGACACCAUCAUCGAGAAGUUUGCUGGACCAUAUGACCGCGGAGAGUAUUCACCCUCUGUUCAGAAGACCCUCUAUGACACACAGUGUCUUGUUCUUGACAGAGUGCCAGAGGUUGAGGAGAUUGAAAUAGUGAUGCCGAACCAGCACUACUUUACAAUCGACAUGACAAAAAUGGGAAUCUCCAACAAGGAUGAGGUUCUUCUACCUCUUGAUAAUCCAGCUGGCAACAUCACAGGGACUGUGCGCAGGAAGCCGCGGGCAAGACUCUGAAACUGAUUGGAAGAAGGGGAAUCCAAAAACAAAUGCAUUCUGACAGAUCUGUAACCACCUGCAAACAAAUAAACAAAAACCUCACUCUGUGUA